GGCCUAAUUGAAUUUUCCAAGAGUACAUACCCUAGAAACUUGCAAGACAGUAAAAAUCACAUAAAACGACCUCAAUGGGGGAAACAGCGAGUGUUCAGCCAGCAAUAGAAAAAGAAAAUGGAGUUUUAAAAGAAUCAGCACAGGAAAAGCAAAGAAAAAGUCGUAAUCAAGUAAGGCGACAGAAAAAGAAAUUUCAACGUGAACAACAACAAUCACAAAGUCAAGGCAAGGAUGGUGAUGGAAAUGAUUGGGAGAGAAUUUAUAGAACUGAAGGAAGAGGAGCUUCGAAUGAAGCAGAAAAAGAUUAUGAAACGACGAGAAAGAGUGGUGUUUCGAACGAGGCAGAUCCUUUACUCGUAGUGGACUAUCUUAACAUGGACAGCUCAGAUCCGUUGUUUUCUCAGUAUAGAGACAUUAUCAAUCAAUUCGUUGCUCCUGAACCUGAGGCAGACGCGGGAGCCGUAGACAAAGGCCAAGUAAUGUACUCAGAUGAUGAGGUCCUUAGCGAAGGCGAAGAGGACGCGCUACAGAAACGCGAAGAAGAAAAACUAAGCCGUAAGAAGCUACGAAAGAUGAGGCGAAUGACGGUUGCACAUCUAAAAAUGAUCUCGGAAAAGCCUGAUGUGGUUGAAUGGUGGGAUGUUUCUUCUCCUGAUCCUUUGCUCCUUACUCAUCUUAAAGCUUACCCAAAUACUGUACCUGUUCCUCGUCAUUGGAACCAAAAGCGUGAUUAUCUCAGUGGACAACGAGGCAUUGAGCGACAACUAUUUGAGCUACCUUCGUAUAUUCGUGCUACCGGUAUUGUUCAAAUGCGAAACGCGGUCCAUGAAAAUGAAGCUGAUUUGCCCCUUCGUCAAAAAAUGAGGGAGCGCGUUCAGCCAAAAAUGGGAAAACUUGAUAUUGAUUAUCAAAAACUUCACGACGCUUUCUUUCGUUAUCAAACGAAACCAGUCUUAACCGGCUUCGGUGAGUGUUAUUAUGAAGGAAAAGAAUUGGAAGCCAAUGUAAAAGAAAAGAGGCCUGGUGAUAUAUCCGAGGAACUGCGGGAAGCAUUAGGUAUUCCAUCGGGUGCUCCUCCUCCUUGGCUUUAUGCCAUGCAAAAAUUUGGCCCUCCUCCAAGCUAUCCUGACUUGAAAAUUCCCGGUGUUAAUUUCCCUAUCCCCGUCGGAGCACAAUGGGGUUAUCAUCCUGGGGGAUGGGGCAAACCUCCUGUUGACCAGUACAAUCGUCCAUUAUAUGGAGAUGUGUUUGGUAGUACAAAACCACGCAUUCCCGCAGGUGCUGGUCCUCCAGAAGAGGUUCAGCAUUGGGGUGAAUUAGAGGAAUUUGAGGAGGAAGAAUCUAGUGAAGAAGAAGAGGAGGAGGAAGAAGAAGAAGAAGGAGAAGAAGCUGGUGAAGAAUCUGUAAAUGCGAAUGAAGCUGGAUAUAAUACGCGUACUACAAGCGCUCAACAAGAAGAUGAAGGUGUUGAAUCUAUUUCCUACUUUGAUCAAAGGCCUAUUGAAGCUGAGAAUUUCGAAUUGCGAAAGCAAUUUAAUAAACGGGAAGAUGAUUCUUCUAGGCCUCUUUAUCAAGUCCUUCCGGAACAACAUACAAACGUGGAAGGAUUCAUGGGACCCGACCAUCGUUAUCAAAUUCCUACUAAUGAAAGAGUGCGUUCUUCCAAACGAUCAGCAGAAGAGGCAGAAGCACCUGAUAACCGACAAAAUGACCAGUGGCAAAACGAUUUGUCUGAAAUGGUUUCAGAGCAGGCGUCUAUUAUCGCUGCUAAGCGUCAAAAAACUCAACCAAAAAAGGAAAAGUUUCGUUUGUAAUUUAUUUAGAUGGAUUUUUAAUGUAUGUAAUGUUAAUUAGGUUAGUUUUACUUUAUUUUGUUGCGCUCCCUUUCUCUAUCUCCAGGUUAUGUAUUCACUAAUUUUUUUUUUCCAAAUAGUAUUAAACCAACGUAUAAUUAAAUAGCUAUGCUACCAACCCAAAAAAUAGAUCCCGAAAUCCAAACUUAAAAAAAAU